UUAGUGAAGGAUAGCCGUCACUUUUUGUGUGAUGUCAAGUGACGAGUAAAAUAAAGAAGAACUGAAUUUGAGGCUUGAUCGAGAAAUAUAAUGAAAGAGAUUUUAAUCGCAACCCUCCUUCUGGGUUGUCUAAUUGCAUCUGCAACGGCCGAACGUGGUCUGUUUGAGUUUCACGAUACUUACGGACGAUGUUGGCGCUGCUUGCCUGGUUCAUCAUGUGUCAGAUGUUCUACUAUUUUUGUACCAUUUGUGGCUGGACCGCCAGAUCCUUGGAACAGGACCUGCGAACAGCCUACAGCUGAUGUAUGUGCUAGUUAUCCUGGUGUAAAGUUUCCACAUCAGGAUAUUGGAUUCUAUUGGGUGUGUGCAGAUGAAGGUGUCAUUGUAGAAGCGCCAUGCUUUUGCGAUCAUGUUUUUGAUAUGAGAGCACAACAAUGUGUUAAAUCUGACGCAUUGACAUCAAUAGGAUGCGAUCAAUAUGCAAACCCUGAUCCACAUGACUGCUUGAGUGACGAACCACGUCCUCCUCCAUCGACCUUAGCUCCAACUGAUACAACAACACCAACAACGACAACAACAACAAUUGGUGGUCCAGCAAAUACUCCUUCAGUUCCAACAGCUCCAAAUGAUUCAACAACAACAACACCUGGAACAACGCCAUCGGUUCCAACAGCACCGAAUGAGCCAACAACAGAAUCUACUACAACGACAACAACAACAACAACACCAAUAAAUGGUGUUACAACAACAACAACGACAGCAGGACCAACAAGAACUACAGAAAUGGCUGGUCCAGGAACAUUAGAUCCAGGAAAUCCAACACCAGAUACAACACCAGCACCAUGUGUUUGUGUAGUUUGGUGGCCAUGCUGGUGUAACCCAUGCUGGAAUAUGCCAUGUCAUAGCUGUAAUGGCUGUGUUGGAAUGAUGGGAUAGGCACAAAAGCCACAAAAUAAUCCUUUGCCAGAAAGAACAUCAAUCAUCACAAAUGAAGAAGAUCAGAGGGAGUUUGCUUAGUUGUCUUAACUCGAAGGUGCUUCCUUGAGUCUGGAUAAUUGAGAUGAACCCUGCAGUGAGAGAUGAGCACAUUGUUGAUUUUAGGUUCUCAAUCUAGUGCAUUGUUGUCCAACCUUUUUUGUGCCAUGGCACAUGGGUUGAACAUCACUGACUUAACUUCAAACAAUUGGAAAUUACCCGAUUUUUUCGACCAACCCCGUUUGAUCUAAAUUUUAAUAAUGUGUUCCACUGACAUCCGAAAAGCACGACAUUAUGGUGACAUCAGGCAACUUUGUGGUCACUACUUAAAGGAUUCCUAUAAUCUUGUGCUUUUCGGGACAUAAAUCAGAGUUGGAAUCAUAAAUUUGACUCUGAUUUUUAUCUCAAAGAACAAGUUUGACUUGCGAUGGUGUUUAAAUGUUUGUAAGAUGAAAUGCCAUCAUGACUUGAGCUUGUGAACCAAAGAAUAAAGUAGUCGAU